CCAUGCACCUCCUGAGCUUAGGAGGGUAUGUGAGCCUUUCAGCCAGGGGAAAAAAUAAAAUAAAAUAAGGGAAUUUGCAGCAGACGCUGCAGCUGCGGCCGCUUUGUCUUGAGCUGCGUGCCUGCCCCCAUCCUGCCCACAAAGAUGGGAGCCAAGCACUGCUUUGCCAAGUUCUUCCAGGAUGGGUCCUCCUUCCUCCAUCUGGGUCGGAAAUACCAGUCCCUGGGCAGCAAGGAGCAAGGAGACCAGUCAGAGGAUGAAUCUGAACUGAAGUCAUUUCAUCGAGAGAAAGAAAUUGAGGCCAUUCCACCCAAAACAGCUUGCCAAUGUCAAGUAGAAGACCUGGCCAAAACGUUGCAGGUUGACUUAGACAGAGGACUUUCAGAAUUCUCAGUGCUGCACCGCAGAGUCAAGCAUGGUUGGAAUGAACUUGUGGCAGAUAAUACUGAACCAGUGUGGAAGAAAUACAUUGACCAGUUUAAGAACCCUCUGAUCCUUUUGCUACUGGCUUCUGCUGUGGUUAGUCUGAUUACUAAAGAGUACGAAGAUGCCGUGAGUAUUACAAUGGCUGUCGUUAUUGUUGUCACAGUAGCUUUUGUCCAGGAGUAUCGCUCUGAAAAGUCACUGGAAGAACUUAACAAGUUAGUUCCACCAGAGUGCAACUGCCUGAGAGAAGGAAAAAUGCAACACCUUCUCGCUCGGGAACUUGUGCCAGGAGACGUUGUCUACCUUUCCAUCGGAGAUCGUAUUCCUGCAGACAUAAGACUCACAGAGGUGAUAGAUCUCCUGGUGGAUGAGUCCAGUUUGACUGGUGAAGUGGAACCUUGUAGUAAAAAUGAUGGCAUCUUAGCAACUUCAGGAGACAUAAUGACUCUCACCAACGUGGUCUUCAUGGGAACUCUUGUGAGAUAUGGCAAGGCUAAAGGCAUUGUUAUUGGAACCGGUGAAAACUCACAGUUUGGGGAAGUCUUCAAAAUGAUGCAAGAGGAAGAGACUCCAAAGACACCUCUGCAGAGAAACAUGGAUAAAUUGGGAAAACAACUUACUAUUGCUUCCUUUGGGAUCAUUGGUUUACUUAUGCUGAUUGGCUGGCUGCAAGGGAAACAUCUCCUUGACAUGUUCACCAUUGGAGUGAGCUUGGCGGUGGCUGCCAUCCCUGAAGGACUUCCCAUCGUAGUCACGGUGACGCUAGUAUUGGGUGUCUUGAGAAUGGCCAAGAAACAAGUCAUUGUGAAGAAGUUGCCUAUAGUGGAAACUCUAGGCUGUUGCAAUGUGAUUUGCUCUGAUAAGACUGGAACUCUGACUACCAAUGAGAUGACCGUGACUCAGCUUGUGACCUCCGAUGGAUUUAAGGCAGAGGUGAGUGGAGUUGGAUAUAAUAGAGAAGGAAAUGUGUGCCUUUUACCUUCUAAAGAAGUCAUCAAAGGAUUUUCGAACAUCUCAGUGGGAAAACUUGUGGAGGCCGGUUGUGUCGCCAACAACGCCGUGAUCAGGAAGGCAGCAGUGAUGGGACAACCCACGGAGGGAGCCCUCCUUGCCCUGGCUAUGAAGAUGGACCUGGGUGAUAUAAACAAUACUUAUGUGCGAACAAAAGAGAUUCCCUUUAGCUCGGAGCAAAAAUGGAUGGCUGUGAAGUGUGCUUUGAAAAACCAGGAUCAAGAAGACAUCUACUUCAUGAAAGGGGCCUUUAAAGAAGUGAUGCAGCAUUGUACCAUGUUCAACAACAGAGGGAUUGCUCUGCCCUUGACUCCCAAACAGAAAGCUUCCUACGCCCAAGAAGAAAAGUGCAUGGGUUCCCUUGGCUUGCGAGUGCUCGCCUUGGCUUCUGGCCCAGAACUUGGCAGAUUGACCUUUUUGGGUCUAGUUGGAAUCAUUGAUCCCCCACGAGAAGGCGUAAAAGAAGCUGUUGAAGUUCUCAAUGGCUCAGGUGUAGCUGUGAAAAUGAUAACUGGAGAUGCCUUUGAAACAGCUUUGGCGAUUGGGAAGAACAUUGGUCUUUGUAAUGGGAAAAUGAACGCUAUGUCUGGGGAGGAACUGGAGAACAUCGAUGACUCGACGCUGUCUUCAAGAAUCAAAAAUGUUUCCAUCUUCUUCCGAACAAGCCCCAAACACAAAGUUAAAAUUAUAAAGGCUUUGCAAAAGGCUGGGGCCAUCGUGGGAAUGACGGGGGACGGAGUGAACGACGCUGUGGCUUUGAAGUCUGCCGACAUUGGGAUCGCGAUGGGACGGGCAGGCACGGAUGUAAGCAAGGAGGCUGCAAACAUGAUUCUUGUGGAUGACAACUUCUCAGCCAUCAUACACGCCAUAGAAGAAGGGAAGGGCAUAUUUUACAACAUUAAGAACUUUGUUCGAUUUCAACUUAGCACGAGCAUCUCCGCUCUAAGUUUAAUAACUCUGUCCACCAUAUUCAACCUGCCAAAUCCACUCAAUGCUAUGCAGAUCUUAUGGAUCAAUAUCAUCAUGGAUGGCCCUCCAGCUCAAAGUUUGGGGGUUGAACCAGUCGACAAAGAUGCUAUCAAAAAACCUCCAAGAAACACCACGGAUACAAUUCUCAGCAAGUCCCUGAUCCUAAAAAUUAUCCUUUCGGCAACCAUUAUCAUCAUGGGGACCAUCUACGUCUUUUGGAAGGAGCUUCCGGAAAGUGGCAUAACGCCCCGGACGACAACAAUGACUUUCACUUGCUUUGUUUUCUUUGACCUCUUCAACGCCCUGACCUGUCGUUCUCAGAUGAAACUGAUACUGGAAAUCGGUCUUUUCCGAAACCGCAUGUUCUUAUAUUCGGUGCUGGGUUCCAUUUUGGGUCAAAUGGCGGUUAUUUACAUCCCUCCCCUGCAAAAGAUCUUCCAGACAGAGAAUUUACAAGCGCUGGACCUGUUGUUCCUCACCGCCCUCGCGUCUUCAGUCUUCAUCCUCUCGGAACUGGUCAAAGUGUGCGAGAAAUAUUGUUGCAGGUCAAAGGCAGAUCACAAACCACUGGAAAUGGUCUGACGAACAGAGCACGCCUUGUGUCAAUGAUGUGAGGGCAAAGACCACGGGGCAUGGGG